AAAACCCUAGAGACUAGCAGAAGCGGAAGCCGAAGGGAAGAUCUUCUUAACAUGGGUAAGGCCACAUUUCCCAGUAUCCAAUCAAUUUACAAAGCAGAGAUCACGAACGCUGAAUUGAUCUGCCCAUUUUGAUUGUUUUUUUGUUUUUGUGUGGUGGGUUUUGGAUUGCAGGGGCUUAUACGUACGUGUCGGAGCUAUGGAGGAAGAAGCAGUCCGAUAUCAUGAGGUUUUUGCUCCGGGUUCGUUGCUGGGAGUACCGCCAGCUUCCUUCGAUUGUUCGUGUUACCAGACCCACUCGCCCUGAUAAGGCUGCGCGCUUGGGCUACAAGGCCAAGCAGGGUUAUGUGGUCUACCGUAUUCGGGUCAGACGUGGUGGCAGAAAGAGGCCAGUUCCCAAGGGUAUUGUCUAUGGAAAGCCCACGAACCAGGGUGUUACUCAACUGAAAUUUCAGCGCAGCAAGCGUUCUGUUGCGGAGGAGAGAGCUGGAAGGAAACUUGGUGGUCUCAGAGUGCUGAACUCCUAUUGGAUUAAUGAGGAUUCCACUUACAAGUACUUUGAGGUGAUCUUGGUCGAUCCUGCCCAUGCUGCUAUCCGCAAUGACCCUAGGAUCAACUGGAUUUGCAAUCCAGUUCACAAGCACAGAGAGCUUCGUGGACUCACCUCAGCUGGUAAGGAAAACAGGGGUCUGCACGGGAAAGGACACAGGUAUCACAAAGCACGACCAUCAAGAAGGGCUACCUGGAAGAGGAACCAGACUCUCUCCCUCCGACGUUAUCGCUAAUAUGUUUUGUCCUUGUCUGGUCAAAUUUCUUCAAUCCAGAGGGAGACGUUAUCGCUAAUAUGUUUAGUCCUUGUCUGAUCAAAUUUCUUCAAACCAGAUACUUAUGUUUAAUGUUUGUGGAACCAUGAUGAGUUGUAUGCUUAUUAUUGUCUUGAAAAAAUAUAACAAUUUUGCUACUGUCCUGUGGAAUGAUAUGCUUUUUAGAGGCCCUUCCGUGGAGAUACUUUUUAUUGUUAUUUCACUCGGUCUUGCGUCUUAGUUGCAUAUGGAAAAUGCCUCCACAUUCAAUCAUCUGCAUUGGUGAACCUUGAAUGCAUAAUUGCAUAGGGUAGCUGAUUCGCCAUAUCAUCAUAUGAAUUUGAGUUGAUAACUAGCUUUAUUGCUCGGAUUUUUGUUUUAAUUUUAUGUCGUAUAAUUUGGAAA